ACCGCACACGACUUUCACGUUUUACCGGUGAAUUCAUAAAUAAGUUCAUAAUAUUAUAUUAAAAAAUAAAUCCGUCUCGAAUAGAAUAUUGUGUGUCUUGAAUAUUAUACUGUAUUUUAUAUCGUCGUCAUUAUGCCGUGCCGCGAAGUUGGGCCAACUAUCGUGCAACACUUUUGCGACUACGACGACGACGGUUCGUCCGGCAAAACGAUGGACUCCGACUCGGACGGUUCCGGACACGACGAAACGACUGCUGUUGUCCGCACCUGCGGCAGAGGCAAAUGGCUGAAGACGCUGCGGACGGUUAUCGGCAGAAUGGAAGGCGACGGUGGACGCCGACCUCGACAGGUCAAAACCAUACUCAGACCGCCGACCACGUACGUGUUUGUGAUAGGCAUGUCCGGACUGCCGUCUAAGGUCGCUGUUUAUCCGAGACGGACAUGAGGGGACACAUCCGGAAGUUGGGUGACUGACUUGACGACGCCGGUAGACUAUACAUUAUAAUCGGCCAAACG